UAGCAGAAGAAGAGUGAGUCGUGUUUGAUGACGUCUUCCAGGCGGUGUGUGUUUCUGCUCUUUUCGGUUUUUCUUCGAUAAAUUGACGGGCUCCCGGUGAAGCUGCCGGUUCUUUUGCACCUGUCGGCCGACUCACUGAGUACGCUCAGUAGAGGGGAUUCCCUCCUGUAAACCCCACACAUUUUUUCAGGUCUGCAGGGUUUUAUCAGACCGCCAUCAUGGUGCUGGCAGAUCUUGGCAGGAAGAUCACCUCGGCGCUGAGGUCACUCAGCAAUGCCACCAUCAUCAAUGAAGAGGUGUUGAACGCCAUGCUGAAGGAGGUGUGUGCCGCUCUGCUGGAGGCCGAUGUCAACAUCAAACUGGUCAAGCAGCUCAGAGAGAACGUCAAGUCUGCCAUAGAUCUGGAGGAGAUGGCGUCGGGUCUGAACAAAAGGAGGAUGAUCCAGCACGCCGUCUUCAAAGAACUCGUCAAGCUGGUGGACCCCGGUGUGAAGGCCUGGACCCCGACCAAAGGAAAGAACAACGUCAUCAUGUUUGUGGGUCUGCAGGGCAGCGGCAAAACCACCACCUGCUCCAAGCUGGCGUAUUACUACCAGAGGAAAGGCUGGAAGACCUGUUUGAUCUGUGCCGACACCUUCAGAGCAGGUGCAUUUGAUCAGCUCAAGCAGAACGCCACCAAAGCCAGAAUCCCCUUUUACGGCAGUUACACAGAGAUGGACCCGGUGGUGAUCGCCGCCGAGGGCGUGGAAAAGUUCAAAGCGGAGAACUUUGAGAUCAUCAUCGUGGACACGAGCGGACGACACAAGCAGGAGGACUCGCUGUUCGAGGAGAUGUUACAAGUCUCCAACGCCGUGCAACCAGACAACAUUGUGUACGUGAUGGACGCGUCGAUCGGUCAGGCCUGCGAAUCCCAAGCCAAAGCCUUCAAAGACAAAGUGGACGUGGCUUCAGUGAUCGUGACCAAGCUGGACGGACACGCCAAAGGAGGCGGAGCCCUCAGCGCAGUGGCGGCCACCCGGAGUCCCAUCAUCUUCAUCGGCACGGGAGAACACAUCGACGACUUUGAACCCUUCAAGACUCAGCCCUUCAUCAGCAAACUGCUCGGAAUGGGCGACAUCGAGGGUCUGAUCGACCGAGUGAACGAGCUGAAGCUGGACGACAACGAGGAGCUGAUCGACAAACUGAAGCACGGUCAGUUCACCCUCAGAGACAUGUACGAACAGUUUCAGAACAUCAUGAAGAUGGGCCCCUUUGGACAGAUCAUGGGCAUGAUUCCCGGCUUUGGUACAGACUUCAUGAGUAAAGGAAACGAACAGGAGUCAAUGGCAAGACUCAAGAAACUCAUGACCAUCAUGGACAGCAUGAACGACCAAGAGCUGGACAGUAAGGAUGGAGCCAAGUUGUUCAGUAAGCAGCCGAACAGGAUCCAGCGGGUGGCUCGAGGGUCCGGAGUGGCCACCAGGGACGUCCAGGAGCUGCUGACCCAGUACACCAAGUUCGCCCAGAUGGUCAAGAAGAUGGGGGGCAUCAAGGGGCUCUUCAAAGGAGGGGACAUGUCCAAGAACGUGAACCCGUCUCAGAUGGCAAAACUGAACCAGCAGAUGGCCAAAAUGAUGGACCCCCGAGUCCUGCACCACAUGGGUGGCAUGGCGGGUCUCCAGUCGAUGAUGCGUCAGUUCCAGCAGGGCGCCGCUGGCAACAUGAAAGGAAUGAUGGGAUUUAACAACAUGUGACCACCGACCAUUCAGCUGCCUUAUAACUGAAGACACAUU